AUGUCGCCAAAUGAUGUAAAGAAAAUCAACAAACAGUACUUGGAACCAUCUUACAAUCGACGUCGAGUGAGUAGAAGAACAAAAGAACGAUGGAGACUUAUUUUUAAGAAAUCUCGCGAGCACUCGACAAGAAAUAAAGAUCAAAAUCAUUGUAUUUCUUUUACGGCGAAUAAUAGUAAAUUUGAACUUUCUACGGAUUAUAAUAAUCAGUCACCAGACUCCAAUAACUACAAGAUUACAAAUUUCGCGGAAAAUGAGGCCCCUUCUCAUACAGAAAUAAGCGGUUCAGAAAGUUCUUCUGAUGAUUCUGACAGCUCUUCAGAUGAAAAUGAUAAUUAUUUAAGUAAUGAUCACCACAAUAACUUUUCAAUGAAUAAUUCUGAUAAUUCAUCAGAUAGUGAUUCCGAUAGUUCAUCAGAUAGUAAUUGCGAUAGUUCAUCAGAUAAUAAAGCUAACUGCUCACAUGAUAAUCCUCAUUCAUCAUCUAAUCAUAAUUUUACAAAAUUUAAUACAGAUAAAUUUCAAGGUAGUUUAACGAUGUUUCCUGAAGCACAAUUAACGAUAGCAGACGUUAUUUUUAUGAUUACAGUAUACUCGGUGCAAAAAAAUUUAACUCGGAAAGAUGAAGAUGACCUUAUAAAUCUUAUAAAAAUAUUAGCUGGUCCAAAAUUUGCAUCGUGGAAUGCUUCGCAGUAUGUACGAGAUAAAACGUAUAAUCCUCCCAAGUCCAAAAUUAAUACGCAUUUUUUUUGUACUGAUUGUGAGGUUAUAUUAAUUACACAUAAUAACGGUAAAAAGAUGGGAAAGAAAUCUGUUAGAUGUAAAGAUUGCGAACGUGACUACAAACUUACAUCAGAAAGCUCCAAUCAAUUUGUAACCGUUGAUCUAAGUUACCAGCUCGAAACUCUUUUGAGAAAUGAAGAGAUCCAAAAAGACCUAUUACAAACAUUAGAUGUACGUAACGAAAAUAAAAUUGAUGGUGUAAUAAAUAAUAUAUAUGACUCUCAGUUAUAUAGAAACCUUCAACUUUUCUCACCACAUACAUUGACAUACAAUAUAAAUACUGAUGGUGCACCACCCUUUAAAAGUUCUAAUUGUAGUUUUUGGCCAAUACAAUUGUAUUUAAACGAACUUUCACCUCAAAUACGUAAACAAAAUAUAAUUCUCGGUGGUAUGUUCUUGACUUCAACUGAACCAGGACCAAAGUUAAUGAAAAUUUAUUUAUCUAAAUUUAUAGAUGAUGCUGAAAAUCUUAUGAAGCAAGGAAUAAAUAUUACUUUGCUAAAUUCAAAUAUACAAAGAAAUUUUAAAUUUCAUUGUCUUCUAAUUUGUGUAGAUUCAGUUGCAAGACCUGUAAUACAAAAUCGCUAUCAAUACAGUGGUUAUUAUGGUUGUAGUUGGUGUUAUGACCACGGAGAAUACAACAGUUCAGCCGUUCGAUAUCCUAUUACAGAAAAUGAUCCUACGUUGAGAACUCAUAAGGAUUAUGUUAAUGAUGUCGAGGAAGUAGAAAAACAAAAACGACAUAUUAAUGGUGUAAAAGGAAGUUCUGAAUUUUUGCGAUUAAAAAAUAUUGAUUGUGUAUGGAGUUUCCCUGUAGACUAUAUGCAUGGUGUUUUAUUGGGUGUUACGCGACAGUUAUGGUCUAUAUGGACUACUCCAAAUACUUCAUAUUACUUGACGCCAACUGAUCGUAAAGAAAUCAAUAAAAGGUAUCUUUGUAUAAAACGACCACAUGAAAUUCAUCGAUUAACUCGGCCUAUCAAAACUAUGGCAAAAUGGAAAGCAUCUGAGUGGGAAUCAUGGCUAUUAUUUGACAGUUUACCUUGUUUAGUUGGAAUUUUGAAAAAAGAAUGUUUUGAUUCAUAUUGUUUAUUCGUAUCAAGCAUAUUUAAACUGUUAUCUGGUAAUAUAACUGAAAAAAAUAUAUUAGAAUGCGAAUUAGAUUUGUUACAAUUUGUUGGUGAAUGUCAGCAAUUUUAUGGAAAAUCUGUGAUGACCUUUAAUCUGCAUUCUUUACUUCAUAUCGGUCAAUCAGUACGACUAAGUGGGCCACUCUGUUCCAGUAAUACAUUUAUUUUCGAAAAUGAAAUAUUUUAUUAUAAACGUGAAAUUAACGCUGCUCAUGGCGUUUCUCAUCAAAUAGUUACCUCAAGUCUAAAAAAAAAUCAUAUUCGGCGUAACAUCGAUAACGGUACUAGUUCAAUGAUUUGUCGUGAUUAUUGUAAAAAACUAUUUCUUCCCCUAAACUUAACUAAUUUUCUACGUACAAAUAAUGAUGCAAUGAUUACUGGCAGAGCAAACGAACCAAAUGCAAGAAUUAAUGACCUAAUUCGUAACUUAAACAUUCCACAAAUACACUCCUGCAAAAUUUAUAGCCGCUGCAUUCUAAAAAAAAUGAUUCUCCGUAGUGUUAAGUACACACGCCCAACAAAAACGGAUGACACAGUGAUUCAGUUAAAAUCUGAAAAAAUACUCCAAAUUCACGAUUUUGUUGUUGUUGAUAAUACCUGCUAUUUAUACGGUCGUGAGCUUGUAGUAGCCCCUGCGGAAUUCUGUACAGCUCGGUUGAAUCAUAUUUAUGAAGUGAUCGAUAAACAAGGUGGUGAGAUAUUUGUAAAUGCAAAUGAUUUAGAAAAGAAAAUAGUAUUCUUUUCAACUGGAACCAAAAGUUAUAUAUCAUUUUUACCAGAAAAUUUGGGAACCUGA